CGCGCGGAAACCCCGCGCCCUCAGAAGACGCACAAGAUGGCGGCGAUCGGCGGAUAGACGAACAUUCGCGUAAACACUCGAACCGUUCCGUGCUAAUCUGAGCUAUAACGAGACCUGAAGGCGGUUAAACAUCCGAGCACCGUGCUGCUCGGAUCGGUCGGGGUUGUGUGAGGUUCGGCUCAAUCUGAGGGUUAAUUAACUGCUUUCCUGAGUUUAAGAUGACUGAUAGGAGGUAGCGUCAGCUUUAGGUUUAACGUUAGUGUUGUGAUAUAAACGCUUGUCUUUCCAAGGGUCCGAUCAGACCGGACUUAGGCUCCGGCUCGUUUAGUGUGGAUUAGUCAGGGUUAGGAUGAGCGGCGGCCGGCUGCGCGGAUCUGAGGCGAGGCAGUGCUAGCUUUGUGCGUCAGGACUGCUAGUGCUGGUUCGGUUCGGUUCGGUUCGGUUCGUGCGGGAAAGAUGAGCGACACCCGGCGGCGGGUGAAGGUGUACACGCUGAACGAGGAGCGGCAGUGGGAGGACCGGGGCACCGGGCAUGUGUGCUGCUCGGAGCCGGACUCGCUGACGGUCACCGGCGAGGCUGACGGCUCUCUGCUGCUGGAGUCCAAGAUCAACCCCGACACCGCGUAUCAGAAGCAGCAGGACACGCUCAUCGUCUGGUCCGAAGCGGAGAACUAUGACCUGGCUCUGAGCUUCCAGGAGAAAGCAGGCUGUGAUGAGAUCUGGGAGAAGAUCUGUCAGGUGCAGGGCAAGGAUCCGUCUGUGGAGAUCACGCAGGACCCCGGGGACGAGUCUGAGGAGGAGCGGUUGGAGGACAUGCUGGAGAGCGGUCACCCGCUGGAGCUGCCCCCCUGCGAGCCAGGCUGUCUGGAGGAGCUGGAGGAGCUGGUGAUGUCCGUGCUGCCGUCGCCGGUCCGGCGGGAGAAGCUGGCGCUCGCUCUGCUCAGCUCAGGGUACAUCAGGAAGCUGCUGCAGCUGUUCCGGGCGAGCGAGGAGGAGGGGGACCGCCGGGGCCUGCAGCAGCUGCACCAGAUCGUGCGCGGCCUGCUCCUCCUCAACAAGGCCACGCUGUUGGAGGUGAUGUUCUCCGACGACUGCAUCAUGGACGUGGUGGGCUGCCUGGAGUACGAGCCGGCGCUGCUGCAGCCCAAGAGCCACCGCCAGUUCCUCACCGAGACGGCCCGCUUCAGAGAGGUGAUCCCCAUCAGGGACUCGGAGCUGCGGCAGAAGAUCCACCAGACCUAUCGCGUGCAGUACAUCCAGGACAUCAUCCUGCCCACACACUCCGUCCUCGAGGACAACUUCCUGUCCACGCUGUCCUCCUUCAUCUUCUUCAACAAAGUGGAGAUCGUCAGCAUGCUGCAGGAGGAUGAGAAGUUCCUGACGGAGGUGUUUGCUCAGCUCACAGAUGAAGCUACAGAGGACAGCAAGAGGAGAGAGCUGGUGAACUUCUUCAAGGAGUUCUGUGCUUUCUCACAAACGCUGCAGCCACAGAACAGAGAUGCCUUCUUCAAAACGCUGGCCAAUCUGGGCAUCUUACCGGCGCUGGAGAUCGUGAUGGUGAGUAGGUAUGGGCGAUAUGGGCUUAAAAAUGACGUGCUGCUGAUUAACGUGGUGAUCAAGCAGAUGAUCUGUGAUUCGGACCCGGAGCUGGGCGGUGCAGUGCAGCUCAUGGGGCUCCUGAGGACCCUCAUGGACCCCGAGAACAUGCUCGCUCCGGCCAGCAAAGCAGAGAAGAGUGAGUUCCUGAGCUUCUUCUACAAGUACUGUAUGCACGUGCUGACUGCUCCACUGCUGGCUAACACCGGCGAGGAGGACCCAGAUAUGACGGAGGGAGCGGCUAAACCCAACCCCGUGUGUCCAGAUAACUUCCAGACGGCGCAGCUGCUGGCUCUGAUCCUGGAGCUGCUGACCUUCUGCGUGGAGCAUCACACGUACCACAUCAAGAGCUACAUCAUGACCAGAGACCUGCUGAGGAGGGUGCUGACGCUCAUGAACUCCAGACACAGCUUCCUGGCGCUCUGUGCGCUGCGCUUCAUGAGGAGAAUCAUCGGCCUGAAGGACGAGUAUUACAACCGCUACAUCGUGAAAGGAAACCUGUUCGAGCCGGUCAUCAAUGCGUUGCUGGACAACGGCACCAGAUACAACCUGCUGAACUCGGCCAUCAUCGAGCUCUUCGAGUUCAUCAGAGUGGAGGACAUCAGAUCUCUGAUUGCACACAUCGUGGAUAACUUCUCCACGGCACUGGAGUCCAUCGAGUACGUGCAGACCUUCAAGGGCCUGAAGGGCCGCUACGAGCAGGAGAAGCAGCGGCAGAGCCGAGGAUUUAGCAGGUAUCGCAGGGACGGCCGCUCCUUCCAGGAGGACGAGGACACGUGGCUGAACGAAGACGAGGAAGACGAGGGUGUCACCGACAAGAGCAAGAGUGACUACGGGACGUUCAUGGAGAGCGAGAAAGUGAAAGAGAGUCAGGACAAGGAGAACCAGCCCAAGCGGACCGCAAGCGGCAGCUUCAAGUUCAGCUUCUCUCACUCGUCUGGAGCGGCUAACACGGCUAACGGCUCCAAACCUCCUCCCUCCGCCUCCUCCAGCAGAGCUGCAGCGCCACCUUCAGGCCAGACGGCCCGGACCGGGCUGGUGGACUAUCCAGACGAUGAGGACGAGGAGGAGAGCGCUGACGAGGAGCAGUCACCGCGCAAGAGGCCUCGUCUGGGCUCGUAAAGCCCCAGCAGAACCAGAGAGCUUCCAGUGAGCCAGUCGCAGCGCAGCAGGGGCUGAUGGGAGCGCGCGCAGGCUAGCAGGACUAGCCGCACUGAUCGAGCUGAAGAGCUUCCUUUCUUAGUGAUUUCUUCUGGACGCUUGUGUUUUUAAUGAUUGGCGGGGGUGCGAGCGUCGUUAACCUUUGUAAUCAGACGUCUGGGAUUCAGGCUCGAAGGUGCGGCGCUGGUGGUUUUUAAAUGUGUUGAUUUGUGUGAUUUGUGGAGCAGAGCAAGAGCACUGAUCGAAGGUCAGCUGUGUCUCGUCUGUCUCACUGCGAGAGAACACCGAGUGUGAAAUGAAGCUGAUCGGACUCCAGAUGGGUAGAUGAAAUAUUAAAAGCGGUUUUUGUUGUUCCCCUCAUUUUUGUACACUUUGCUACUAGCACCAUCUCCGUUAAAGAGCAUUUGUAUGAAUUUGAUAUUUUUUACAAUUUUCCGAUUAAAUUUGGUCCUGCAAUUAAA